GCGGCGGCGGCGGCGGCGGCGGCUGCGUCCGCUUCCAAUACCCCAGGCCCCCCCGCUACCUCGAUCACGAUACCUCCCCGCCUCCGCCGAGCGAGCAAAUGAGCGCGACCUAUAUUCCAUCGGCCGGCGAUACGUAUGGUGAAGGUGUGGGCAUUCCGGGCUUGGGGCUGCCCGACGAGAUCGGGGGCCCAGGGAACUGGACCGGGGCCGAACAGCAGCGCUUGGGAGGAAUAUCUAUGGAGGAUGCGCAUAGGCUGCACGCUGCUCCCACGGCGGACAGGGGCUUAUCGACCACCAGCAACACCCCCAACAGCUCGUCGGCUAUUCCGCCCGAGUUGGCAGCGCAGUGGCCGCUUGAUAGGGUCUUGAUGUGGCUUCAGGCAAACAGCUUCUCCCAGGACUGGGUGAAUACGUUCAAGGUCUUGAACCUUCAUGGUGCGCAAUUUCUGGAGCUCGGCAGUGGUCAUGGUGGUCGCGGAAACUUUGGUAUGAUGCAUCAGCAAGUAUAUCCGCAGCUGGCGCAUGAGUGCCAGAUGAGCAAGACGGGCUGGGACCAGACGAAAGAGCGGGAGGAGGGCAAGCGGAUGCGACGAAUGAUCAGGGGAAUCGUGACGGGUCGAUCUGUAGAUCCAUCCAAAGUUGCGGCAAGUGGAGGCGCGCAAGGAGGAGCAGGAGGAGGAGGGGGAGGAGCUGGAGGCCAUGCCCGCAGAGAGUCCGUCAGUGCAAGCGUCCCGCCUAGCGCAGGUCCCGAUUCUGCAGAUUCUCCAAACGUGGAGUUCAGCAAAUCUCAUCUCUUUGUGCAGGAAGAGCAAGUCCAGUCCGGACCCAAGGCCCCGGGCCCGGGCUUCGCAGGCAGGAGAUUCUCCCAAUCGCGCGCAACGACGAUGCCGCUGCUGACAAGUACCAUGUCAUCAGGUGAGCCAAAUCACCGUAGCAUGAUGAGGAAUCUGGAUAUAGACAGCGCCCGUCGUCACAGCCCGAGCACCAGUAACGUGAGCGAAUCGGGCGACCUAAACGCAGGCACCUUCCGUACGGUCGGGAGAGAAAGGCAGGAUAGUCCGAUCGGUGGCAGUCCUAACCCUUCUUCUGCCCUCUUCCCUUCUAACGCCGGCAACACGAUCUUGUCAUCGUCACCACAUCGCAGCGGCAGCAGGUUUGGUCAUCGUUCGCGCAACAGCAGUGAUUCAGUAUCCUCAAACGCAGCACAGUACGGGUCUGGUAUUCCUGCCGACGCCGCAGCCAUGUUUAAGAACGGAAGCCUCGCGGAUAUGAUUAAGAAUAGCUUUAACUCAAACAACCCCGAUCGUCGAAACGGUCAAGAUGGUGGUCGGCCCUUGGGUGUCGUUGAAACAGGAGACAGGAGUGCCGGGACUGACCCUCCGAACAGUGCCAAGGGCCCAAAGUCGUUCUUGUCCUUCUUGUCGCGGAACAAGAGAAAGGAAGAUGGAACGUCACCCGACGAGCUGGAUUCCCCCACCAGUCCAGCUACCGGCUUCAAGGCUCACUCGCUUGGCAGUCGUGCCGGUCAUGUCAGCGAAACUUCGCUCGAUCAGCGCCCCGGUUCAAGUAUCUCGACUCACGAUCACAGUGUCGGGUUCCAGAGCGGCCAUAGUAGGAAGAAGAGCGUGGUAUCUACUCGGGUUUAUCUCCUCGCCACUCUGGAUCACUGGAAUUAUCGCAUGUUGGAUGUUACUGAUAUCGACUCCGCUCAUGACUUGAGACAGCUAGUGUGCAUCAACCUGGGCCUACCUGACAGUGAAGGCGCGGCAAUCUACGUGACUGAGCUGGGCAAGUUCGACCAUGAGGAGCCCUUGGAUGAUAUGAAACUACUCACGAACAAAAGGCUACGGGCAGACGCAAUCGGUACACUAAAACUUUUUGUAAAACCGGGCGGUUUGACGAGUUCGCCAUACCCAGGUACCGGAACCCAAAGCGGUCAGCCAUCAUCGCAGCGUUCUAGUUCAUCGCCGCCGACGUCAAGGCAGAAUACGAUAUCCAGCAAGGACCGGGACGAGAAGAUGUCAGUGCCGGAGCCAGUCGAGCACAAGCCAGAGCCCCCGAGAAAGCACGCAAUCAAGGAGACAAGUCCGAUCGGAGAGACGACACCGUUCGGUAUUGUCGGCAGGAAAGUGGACUUUGACCAGCCCCGACUCUCACCCUUCGAGGACAAGAGGCCCGAUCACCUGUUUCCGGUACGAAAGGCACCUGCACCACCAGGGGACCCAUCGGCUACUUUGAAAAAGGUCAAUUCACUGAGUAAGAAAACUGGACAGGGAUUCCGACCUAGCACGGCGCAUGCCACCCAGCACCAUCAUCACAACGCCAUAGAUCAUGGAUACCACCAGAGACGAGUAUCGACGGAUAUACGCGAGAACACGACGUCCGAAAGGCAGACGAGGAGGCCAGCCGCCAUAAGAGGAACCGCCGAAGUGCCAUCACCAUCAGGAGGAAUCGGCAGUUUGCUAAUCAAUAUAGGCGGUCACCUGGGUGGCAUCGGUCAUCCUGUCGCUGGUGGUGCUCGCGCAUUAUCACCAAACCGUGUCGCCUCAGCGCCCGUCGGGCAUGGUGGUGAGAUGAGCGAACAGCAAAGAGCACGCGCGCCGUCACCUUCAGCUGUUAGUCCCAAUGCUCGUAGGAGACCAAGCGAGUCUCAUAUCAGCCAGCCACAAUAUCAGCAGAAUCACCGGCCGCCAUCAUCGCAGCAGCAUCAUCCACAUCUCCAGCAUCAGGCACAGCCACAGCAGCAGCCGCAGCAGCAACAACAACAGCAACAGCAACAAUACCAGUCGAGACAACAGCAGCCACAGCAACCACAGCAGCAACAACAAGCACAGCAACCACAGCAGCAACAACAAGCACAGCAACCACAGCAACCACAGCAACCACAGCAACCACAGCAACCACAGCAGCAACAACAAGCUCCGGCUCAACACGAGGAGUCCAAGCGCAAGUCCCAUGGUCCAGAUGUGGAUUUCAGCGAUAACGAUGUGCGCUUCACCCCACCUCCUGAGAGUGAAUCCCUCAACGCCAGUUCAAACCAUCAAAACUACGCAGACGAUCAAGAUGAUUCGGACGACUCAGAUGAUGGCCUCUUCGCGGUUCCGAUCUCGAAAAACAAGACAGCGGAGACGUCGAAGACCAAAAACGAUUCGGGCGGGAGCGACGAAGGACUCGGCAAGCGCCCAAGCUUGAAGGUGGCGACCGAUCGCUCGAAGAAGAACUUAUCCGUGGCAUUCACUACUCCUCAGGCCAGCCCCAGAAUGGCCACGUUCACGGACGAAUCUGAGCAUGCUAGUGUGCCAGCUUCCUCGGGUCAUGGUCACCGGCAGUCAGCGCCUGUCCCAUCGGGGUCAUCGAAGGAAUGGGAACAGGAUGAGACGGAGUGCAAGAUUGGCAGGCGCAAGUCCUUCAUUGAGAAGGAUGUUUGGGCCAACCGUCCCCCGACCGACGCCCUUAUCAACAACCUUGAGGACUUCUUCCCCAACUUGGAUGUCGACCAGCCUGUGCUUGAGGAAGGCGGUGACACGGAGGUUGAGGUCGAUGCCCCGUCACCGAUUGCCGAGGUGGACGAGAGUCAAUUCCAGACACGGCCGCAGCCGAUGGCGGAAACCAUGGCUCAGAGCAACACGGCGGUUACCAGCAGUAGCAACAACGCUCCUAUGCUCCCGCCGCUAAACAGGGUUUCUUCAACUUUCAACGAGAGCGAUACCCUGGGGUCUGAUGAGUCUACGCUCAAGGCGCUGGAGUCACGUCCACCAUCGAUGGUAUCGGGCAGUGUGCGCCGCUCUAGAGGCCUUGGCCGCAUGAAGUCUAUUCGUGAGGUGGCCCGUGGUGCGCACGAAGCCCACAAGCGCUAUACGCAAACGUCGAUGCAGACGAACGUGGCCACACCGGCGGUUCCCAACGCGACGACCAACCUCAUGCGGCGAAAGAGCACAAAGAUGUUCAACGCCAACAUUGUGCAGAUCGAACCUAGGCGGGGGUCCAUUCUGUCUACCAUUCCCCAGGAGACCCUUCCCACGCAAGACAACAUCAACACGCUACCGAAGAGACAAACAACGUUCCGCUGGUUCAAGGGUCAGCUGAUUGGCAAGGGCACCUUUGGCCGCGUCUACCUCGGUAUGAACGCGACCACGGGUGAAUUCUUGGCCGUCAAGGAAGUCGAAGUGAACCCCAAAGCCGCCCAAGGCGACAAGAAGAAGAUGCAAGAGCUGGUGGCCGCGCUCGAUCAGGAGAUUGACACGAUGCAGCACUUGGAUCAUGUCAACAUUGUGCAGUACCUCGGUUGCGAGCGCAAGGAGACGUCUAUCUCCAUCUUCCUCGAGUAUAUUUCGGGUGGCUCCAUCGGCUCGUGCCUGCGCAAGCACGGCAAGUUUGAGGAGCCCGUGGUUGCGUCUCUAACGCGGCAGACGCUUUCCGGUCUGGCGUAUCUGCACCGCGAAGGGAUUUUGCAUCGGGACCUCAAGGCGGACAAUAUCUUGCUGGAUCUGGACGGCACGUGCAAAAUUUCCGAUUUUGGCAUCUCCAAGAAGACGGAUAACAUUUAUGGGAAUGACAAGACCAACUCGAUGCAGGGGUCCGUGUUCUGGAUGGCGCCCGAGGUGAUCCGGUCGCAGGGCGAAGGAUACUCGGCCAAGGUGGAUAUUUGGUCAUUGGGCUGUGUGGUGCUGGAGAUGUUUGCGGGCAGAAGGCCAUGGAGCAAGGAUGAGGCGGUUGGGGCGAUUUACAAGAUUGCGAAUGGCGAGGCGCCGCCGAUUCCGGAUGAUAUCCGGGAGGAGAUCACGCCGAUUGCGAUUGCUUUUAUGUUGGAUUGCUUUACUGUUGACCCAACUGAUCGCCCUACCGCCGACGUCCUUCUCUCCCAACACCCCUUUUGCGAGCUGGAUCCUAAUUACAGCUUUAUGGAUACGGAGCUGUAUGCCAAGAUUAGGGGUACUUAUUAAUUGAACUGCGGAACGACGUCAUCAUACAUCUAUAUAUCUUGCAUGCUAGCGGGCUUUGGUGUAUAGGAGGAUAAUUGGCGACAACCUUGUGGUGUGCCCAAACAAAAGAAAAACCAAACGCACUUGAAGACAUCUACUUGUGCUUUCA